AUGUUCAAACAUAUAUUCCGAAGUCCUACGAGAGCAGCACGCCGCACCGAAAACGUCGACCUCGACCGGCGUCCAGACUCGCAUGUCGGUAGUCCCAGCUUCAGCAAAAUGUCGACCGUCCUUUGGUACCUUCAUCACCUGGAUGAAACGUCGGCGGGAUUCAAUCCGUUGUACAGAACAACAUUCAGCCACGAACGCGGCUUUUUUUUUGCCCCGGACUAUCGACGACUGGCCGAGCGUUGA